CAGACCCUCCCCAGGCACGCUCCCCUGGGCAGCGGCGGAACGAACCCCAGCUGCUCCCAGCACCCCGACUGGACCCUGGGCAACCUCUUCUGCCCGGGUGGCUCUCCCCGGGGUCUGAACCCCUCGCGCCCCCGCGCGUCCGUCUUUGUUUCUGAGCUUGCUCUGAAAGUGAUGUAACGAGGCCAGACUCGCGCGCUGCUUUCCCUCUUUCCCAGACUAAGUCCUUCCUCCCUCCAGCACCAGAGCCCGGCGCUGGGCUGUGCCUCCAUUCCACUCCGAGAGCUCUGGAGACCGACGGGCGCUGUUGAGAAAGACGCGCUCCCACGUCCCACCUCCUGGAUGCAGAGUCAGUGGGGAAAGCGAGGCUUUCCUUCCAGAAACAAGGGAGAGAGCCGAAGGGACAGCUGUUGUGGAGGUUUCUAAGGAGACUCAGACUGGCUUCUUUCCCUGCUCCUGGGAGACGGCAGGAAACCUCAGAAGAGAGAACUGCUGCUCCCUAGCCAGCAAGCAGCCCCCAGUCUGGAUGGAGUGAAAGAUGCGGCCUGAUGACAUAAACCCGAGGACUGGGCUGGUGGUGGCCCUGGUCAGUGUCUUUCUGGUCUUUGGCUUCAUGUUCACCGUCUCUGGGAUGAAAGGAGAGACUCUGGGAAACAUCCCCCUCCUGGCCAUCGGGCCAGCCAUCUGCCUACCAGGCAUCGCAGCCAUUGCCCUGGCCAGGAAAACCGAGGGAUGCACCAAGUGGCCUGAAAAUGAGCUGCUGUGGGUCCGCAAGUUGCCCUGCUUCCGGAAACCCAAGGACAAGGAAGUGGUGGAACUGCUGAGGACCCCUUCAGACCUGGAGUCAGGCAAGGGAAGCUCAGACGAGCUGGCUAAGAAGGCGGGCCUCAGGGGGAAGUCCCCCUGCCAGGGGCAGACAGAGGUGUCUGUGGCCACUUCCAUCACCACCCUCACACCCACGGAAGGAGAACGCCAGAGCCUGGUCCAGAGCGGGCAUCAGGAGGAGACAUCCAGAUACCUGGAUGGUUACUGUCCCUCAGGCAGUUCCCUUGCCUACAGUGCCUUGGAUGCCAAGUGCUCAGCCUGGGACAGAUCUGAUUGCCCGGAGCCUGAGGACAGCAUCUUCUUUGUGCCCCAGGACAGUAUCAUCGUUUGCUCCUACAAGCAGAACAGUCCCUAUGACAGAUACUGUUGUUACAUCAAUCAGAGCCAAGGCAGGUGGGAUCACGAGACAAUAGUCUAAUAAGCUUUGCAUACAAGAGUCGCUGUGUUGAUAGAAACGUGACUAUACUCAGCUUCUAGGGGAAGGAAACUGCCCUGCUCCAACAGCCUUCAAACUGUUAGAAAUUGACUUGGUAUGUGAUGGGUGUGCAAGCUUCGGGUGCCUGAGAGCCAUGUAAAUAGGCAUGUUGGGGACACAUUUUAGGGACGGGUGAUGAGGGUUAAGGACACUGGAAGAGGCAGUGGGUAGGAGAAGAAGCAGUUCCAAUUGCUUUUUAACAAUUAAACCAUGUUGGAUAUUUUGUAAAAUAACCCAGAAAGUGCUACUCAGCACCUGCUAAAAGCAAGAUAAAUCUAGAGUGGGCUGCAGAUAUCAGGCAUGAAAUGAUACAUGGGCUUGCCAUAGGGAAACUGAGCUAUUUUCAGUCUGAAUCAAUUGAAAGACAAAACAAUUUAGUGCUUCAUUGUCUGAAAUGAUUUUUAUCUGGUGAAAGUUCUUCACACUUACUAUUUGCUGAAAGAAAAAAAAAGUCAAGAUAGAAAAGCUACUCCCUCCGUAGGUAGGAUGGUUUUUGGAGAAAGGGGAGUUAAAGGCAGUUGAAUUAUGUAAUUGAGUUUUAUGAUGUUAUCUUCUGACAAGAUCAGAAAUUUCAAAUAAAGUAAAGCAAGUGGGACCAGCUAGGUAAAAAACUAACAUUUUUAGAUGGUUAUGUUCCUUCUUAAACUCUUCAUUUAAAUUGAUUUACUGGGUCUUUAUCUUAAGUGUUUUUUAAUAUUUACUAUCAUUCAUGUAUAAUUUCCUCAUCAGGUGCAAAAUGACUUGAUGUAAUAUUUUCAUAGAUUAGAAUUUGUGUUCAUCAAGUCAAAAUGGGUUUUACAUAUGUAUACAAGUGUCUUUAGCAUUUCUGGGAGUUAUGGUAAUAAGUAUUCCUAUAUGCCUUUUAAAAAUCUGAAAACUAUGAAGUCAAUACAUUAGUCUUGAACUUUAUGCAGAAUUUACAUAAAAUGUAAUGGUUAAACUUCUGGAAGUGUCAUUAUUUGUACAUUUAUUCAACAUUCCCAAAGACUAUAAAUGCCAAUGAAAUGAGUUAAGCUUCUAGAUUUAACUAAAGGUCAGUUUUUACUAAGUUCACCUAAUCAGUGAGCAUUGCAUGACAAGGUCUGUUUUAUUUCAUACUUAAUUUUUUGCUGCUGAGGGAAAAAGGCACAAGGGGAUCCUAAAAUGUAUUUUCUAUUUCACUUGCUUAACCGUAAUAGACAAGAGGGCAAUCAGCCAGAAUACCACUUAGUCCCUGUUGAAGAGAAAUAUUGAAUUAUAUAGAGAAAUCAUGGUACAUUUCAUAUUGAAGAUCAAAAUAUUUUGCAUCCUUUAAAGAAUGAUGAUUUGUUUUCAAUGAUCAGAUAGUUUCAGCCACUCUCUCCCAAAGGGGGAAUUGAGGACAAAAAUUCUAGCCAUGCCCCUUUUGUAUAUUUCAGGUCCAAUUCUGCAAGUCUUCAAGUGCAGCAGUCAUUCAGUCUUAAGAACCAGGCCCUUAAAAAUCACAAUUUUCAAACCAAGUUCAACAUCAAAAGAGUAUGAUUUUUUUUUAGUAGGGCUUAAAUGUCAGAAAAUGAGAUGUGUGAUCCUAAGCAAAUUUUAUCUUCUUGUACCUCAGUUCUCACUCUUCAGAAAUCAGGGAGGAGUGGGACUGACUUACAUAGAGUAUGUCUAUCGUUCAUUCCCAGUUUGAAUAUUCUAUGGCACCAUGUCAACGACACUUUAUAUAAUGCCAGGGAAUGAGAUACAGCAAAAUGCAUGCCAAAGUUAUGCAAUUCAUGAUAAAAAUUAUAUGACAUGGAUUGAAUUCUUACUACUACUCAAAAGAAUUUUGUAGAUAUGUGAAAGCAGAUUUGUUUUAUUGCCAAAUAUCAUUUAUUCAACAAAUACACUUCUGGGAAUGAAAUGAAGAUGUUAAUUAAGGAUAAAAUUUUUUGAUAUUGGUAUAGCCCCCAAAUAAUCCAAUAAAUGCCAUGAAUGUAAUUUACUUUGGAUUUGGUAGGGAGGAAAAAUAGUUUCCUAAAAUCACAAUACCUCUUAAUAAUUAUAGGGCAUUUAAAAGAUGAAAAUCAUGUUUCAAUGAAGGUAAAAAUUAUUGGAUAACUCUCUUAGGAAUAAAAGCUUCUAAUUUGAACAACAACAACAAAAAAACCCCUUCUAAUCUGCUUGCCAUUUGUGGACCUCUUCAGGGAUGAAGAGAUAGCAAGACAGCAGAGAGAGAUGUUCACAAAGAACAUCUAUACAGGGCCUGAAAAGAGAUGCUUGUAGUGUUAGGUAUGGUUUAAGGUGUGGA